AGUGCGCUCGGGCCGGCGAGCUACCUGUUGUCUCGGCGGGCGGCGAGCGACAGAGCCUGUUCCCUACGUCCCUCGCUGGAUGGGGCAGCGGGUCCAGGGCGGGCCUGAGCGCGCCGCGCGCUCCCGGGAGGCGCUCUAGGCCGUGCGUGUGCGUGCGCGUGUGUGUGUGUGUGCGUCUUUACCGCGCGCGGGACAGUCAUGGUGCGAUCUCUAGUGCUGCUGCUGUCCUCCUUGCUCUGUGCCGACGCCUUCCUGUCGGAGGUGCGGCUGGUGUCGCCGCGCUACGUGCUGGCGGGCGAGUCGGCGGUGCUGGAGUGCCAGUACUCGGUGGGCGACGAGCUGCUGCGCAAGGUGGAGUUCCUGCGCGACUCCUCCAAGAUCUUCCAGUACGUGAAGGGCCGCCAGCCGCCCUACCGCAACUUCUCGCUGCCCGGCGCGCAGCUAGACAUGGCGGCCAGCAACAAGAGGUUCAUCAUCCUGAAGAACAUGAGCUUCGACGCGACCGGCGUCUACUCGUGCGAGGUGUCUACGGCGGCGCCCAUCUACACCAAGCCUUCCAGCGACGAGGAGCUCACCGUCAUACAGCCGCAGAAGGAGGCGCCCACCAUCUCGGUGCGCAAGGACCAGUACCAGGCCGGCGAGGUGCUGGAGGCCAACUGCACCUCCAGCCCGGCGAGGCCCGUGCCCUACAUCACGUGGCUGGUCAACGACAAGAUGAUCGACGACCAGAUGCUGAGGCUGUUCCCCGAGCAGCGGCAGGCGGCCAGGGACCCGCUGUCGUCCAGCACGGUGCAGCUGAGCGUGUCGCUGCCCGAGGACAUGGCGGGGCUGCCCGCGCAGCUGCAGCUGCGCUGUCUGUCCACCAUCCCGGCCUUCCUCGGCCACGACCAGGAGUACGCCGACGUCAAGUCCGCCACCGUCACGGUGCCGGUGCGGAGGCCGCGAGUGGGCAGCUGCGCGGCGUCCUGCUGGCCGCUGGCCCAGGCCUGGUGGUGGUGGUCACCCCUGGCGGUGGCUGCGCGCGGCCUGCGACACCCCUAGUCGCCCCCUCGCCCGCUCCACUUCUCCGCGCACGACUGUACAUAUGCGUCGCCUACGUUUCCCCCUCCCUCGGCCCUGACAAAGUCAACCCCUUCCCCUUUCCCUCCCCGCUACGGACCGAGCGUCGGCCAUCUUGCAGUUAUCCGUGUUUCCAAAGCUUCUGAUUUGGUUUAUCAUUCCGUCACAUUCGUGAUGUCACCCUUUCAGAUCUUUCAUUACUUUAAAAGCUUAUAAUUUUUAUUUUUCUCUUUCUCUCUUAUGGAUCUCAGUUGUGUCAUUGAAUAUAUUCAAUGGUUGUGUGCUUACACGUUUGUCUAUAUGGGCAUUGAUUACUAUGGCAUUUUUUUUUCAACUUACAUUUCAAUAAAAAAUAUAUAUCACAUUAUUUUUUAACUCUUAUGUACAUAAGUGACUUCACCACGUUAUAAUUAUUACGUAUAUACAUAUAUGAACUCAUCAAACUAGGCUUUAUUUCCCCUUCUCUUUCUUGAAAUUUUCGAACCUGAUAGGCAAGAAAUAGUUAAUUUUCUUUUUUUGUGUGUGAUAAGUGUCGUGUUGGCUAACUUGUAAGCUGUACAAGCUAGUGAUAUGCAGCCGCAACGAUUAAACGCAUUGUGUACGUGUUUGCAGUUGUCGGCGCUCGCUCGCGACUUUACGAUGGGAGAGCCAUUAGAAACGAUUGUUUGUUCUCUCUCUCUUUCUGAACGACCGGGUACGAAGCAGAUGAAUGUGUUUUGUUUUUGUCCUCUUGAGCUUCGAUCUAAUGUGAUACUUAACUAUAAGUGGGUAAACACCGCGUCUGUAGAGAAACUUGAACCGUUCGAAGGACCAUUGCUGUUCAAAUAUACAAACUAUUAUUCGUAAAUAACAAUUUACCCUGAAAUACGUACUCAUCAGACAAAAUAUUAUGUAAGUAUACGUUGAAAAAUUUCUACGACAAUAAUAAUACGUUUUAAUAUGCGUUUUGUUCUAAUUUAACUAUUUAACUAAGAUACGUCAAAAUAUAUGAGUUAUAAACUUUGUUUUGUGAGUCUGGUAUUAUUCGAAUAAUGGAAAUGCAUUACAAGCCAAUAAAUAACUCAUAUUUAAAUGUGUGAGAACGUGACUUCUUGCAUUGGGUCACGAUUUGUUGGCACACAGAUUUUCUUAAUAAUGAGGUUAAUGUACAAAUGACUGGAAACGUAAACCAAGUAUUAAAAAGAAACAGGGAGAUGGCCAUAAAAUAUUUUAUUAUCUGUAUGAAAUUUAGUAUUAUAUUAUGCACCUAUUCCGUUUUAGGGGUGGUUUUAAGAUGGCAGCGCAGGUUUCAUUUUGCGUUACGAAACGUGUUUGAUUAAUUAUUUUGCGCCUAUUAGUUGUUUUUUUUAAUUAUUUAAAUUGAAUCAAUAAUUUAAAUUAAGUCAAUAUUUUAUACAUAGUUUCAUCGAUUAAAUAAGUGUUUUUUUAACAUUAAAGCAAAAUUUAUUUCUUAAUCCUUGCAUGGUUUAAGGGCACAAAAACGUGUGUCACACAAUUUUAAAUUACCUGUCAUGUGUAGCCUUUGUGAAAUAAUUCUUUAUUUUAAUUAAAGCAUUUAAUAAAUCGAUAAAAA